AAAUGGAAGUCUGCAGACGGGGAUAAGAGAUUGAAAUCCGAAUGUGGAACUCUUCUGUUUUUGUCUGUGAGGAAAUACUUUUAGGGAAAUGUAUCUUCGGACCUUUUGUGUGUGUUACCUUUCAUGUGCAAACCAUUAAUUGGACAAAGAACUAGUAGAUUCCUAUCAGAUUUGUUUAUUGAUAUGAUCAGAUGAGCAGCCUCAGUCAGUGCAGUGAACAGACCGACAACAGCAACAGCCUCCAUUCCAGAGCUGCCUCUCCUCAGCCCAUGACUGCUGCACUACAGCAUGUAGACAGCAGUGCUUUCUCCUGGAGCUUUUGCAAAUGAAAAUGGAGGACGUGUCUCUGUCCAGUAUGGACAACAGUAAGAUGGAGGGCUUUGCUCAGGAGAUCCUGUCUGACCUGGUGGAGGACGCCUGUUUGGGUCUUUGUUUUGAAGUUCACAGGGCUGUCAAACAGGGAUACUUUUUUCUGGAUGAUACAGACCAGGAGAGUAUGAAGGACUUUGAAAUCGUGGACCAGCCUGGAGUAGACAUUUUUGGGCAAGUGUACAACCAGUGGAAAAACAAAGAGUGUGUGUGUCCCAACUGCAGCCGGAGCAUCGCUGCUUCACGGUUUGCUCCUCACCUGGAGAAAUGCCUCGGCAUGGGCCGCAACAGCAGUCGCAUUGCCAACCGCAGAAUUGCGAGCGGCAACAACACGAACAAAUCAGAGAGCGAUCAAGAGGACAACGAUGAUGUCAAUGACAAUGACUGGUCUUAUGGGGCAGAAAAGAAAGCCAAGAAGAGAAAGUCAGAUAAGAAUCCAAAUUCACCAAGAAGAUCCAAAUCCAUGAAACAUAAAAAUGGUAGACUGAACAGAAGAAACGAACCGGAGAAAAUUUCCACGUCAAAGAAGGCGGAGCCGCAGAGUGCACCUACUCAUUAUGUAAUCGUCACGGACCAAUGGUAGUUCGAAGGCGUUUACCAGCCUGAGCAAACUUUUCCAGGAAGUUGGCUUUGACAAGUCAACUGAUUUUGUUCGAAAUGACAUCACAACAGUGCGUUCUUCAAUUUCGCUUGAAGUAUACGGGGCCUAUAGGGGCCAUUCACAGAGCGUGUUUUUGCAUUGAAAAACGUGACGUGGGGAAUGGGGGGAAACGCAAAGACACUUUUCUUUAGCUCAAUUAUCGAAUAUCCAUCUAGUGCAUGUUUACAAAGGAAAACGAUGGGAAUGCAAAAACACAAUCCGUGUGAACGGCCCCUGAAGUUGCAUUCAGCAAGUUCGAGGUCCAUUUUAAAUGCUUUACAUGCCAGUUAAAAAUAUCGUAAGCGAUAAUGUAUGCUAACAGUCAACCGUCUUUGAGACUUUUAAAGUUGACAAUUUAAGACAUUUUAAUUAACUGUCUGGUGCAUGGUUUUCUUGAAGCUUUGCUGGGUCCUAAGAGACGUGUGGAGAACCAGGACAGUUUGUGCGUGUUGCUAAGAGAGGAGACAUUCUCUCAAUAACC